AUGGCCGGCCACUUGAACACAGCCAGCGCCCCGGCGCAUGCUCAGUCCUCAUUGCCGUCGCUACCAGCACAUCUACAGUCCGAUACGCAUAUAACGGCUCAUCUGGCCAGCCGGUUCCAUGUCGGUCUACCAACGGCUCGUCUUUCAUCACAAGCUCUAAUUAGCCUCAACACCUACACCACGGCGACAAAGGGUCCAGAUGGGGGCAAGGAAGGCAGUGCCGCUGGGGAAGCCGAAGAUCUCGCCCGGCGCGCCUUUACUCGCUUAGGGGCGCGUGGGGAGAACCAGGCGGUGGUGUUCCUUGGAGAAAGUGGAUCGGGCAAGACCACCAUUCGCUCGCAUUUGCUCUCGUCGUUCCUGUCCUUCUCCUCUACCCCACUUUCCUCCAAGCUGUCCUACGCCGCGUUUGUUUUCGACACCCUGACCACCACCAAAUCCGUGACGACCCCCACUGCCUCCAAGGCCGGUCUCUUCCUCGAACUUCAAUAUGAUGGAUCCUCCUCGGUCAGUCCCACACUGAUCGGCGGCAAGAUCAUCGACUACCGACUAGAACGCAGCCGCAUCUCCUCCGUGCCCACGGGCGAGCGCAGCUUCCAUGUGCUGUACUAUCUGCUUGCCGGCACCAGUGCGGCGGAGAAGACCCAUCUGGGAUUCGACAAUUCCAUUCACGUCCAGACGGGCGGUGGGAGAGGCUCGGUGAGCCACAAGCGAUGGCGAUACCUGGGCCAUCCAACCCAGUUGAAGGUUGGAGUGAACGACACCGAAGGCUUCCAGCACUUCAAGACCGCUCUGCGGAAGCUCGAGUUUUCCCGCAGUGAGAUUGCCGAUAUCUGUCAGGUCCUGGCCACCAUUCUUCACAUUGGCCAGCUCGAAUUUAUUACUGGCCAGUCCACCACCACCGGUGCCGAAGAAAGCGGCGGCUACUCGCACGAGGGCGGAGAGAUGGUUACCGUGGUGAGAAACAAGGAUGUGCUCGCCAUCGUGGCUGCAUUCCUGGGACUGAGCGUCGAGUCCCUCGAGAUCAGCCUGCGCUACCGCACGAAGAUGAUCCAUCGCGAGCGCGUGACGGUCAUGCUGGAUCCGCAAGGCGCACGGCAGAAUGCUGAUGCUCUUGCCCGCAUGAUCUAUUCGCUUCUGGUUACCUAUGUCAUUGAAACCGUGAACCAAAAAAUCUGUGCGGCCGAGCACAGCGUUGCAAACACCAUCUCCAUUGUCGAUUUCCCGGGCUUCGCUCAAGCGGCCUCGACUGGGUCCACUUUGGACCAGCUUCUCAGCAAUGCCGCAACCGAGUGCCUCUACAACUACUGCCUGCGGUCGUUCUUUGACCACAAGGCCGACAUUUUGGAUCGUGAGGAUAUCAGCGUGGCUGCUACAAGCUAUUUUGAUAACACAGAUACCGUACGUGGCCUUCUGAAGCAGAAUAACGGGUUGUUGAGUAUCUUGGACGACCAAACGCGGCGCGGCAAGUCGGAUACCCAAUUCCUAGAGAGCGUGCGCAAGCGCUUCGAGGGCAAGAACCCCGCCAUCUCUGUGGGCGACGCCAACUCCGGUUCCGGCGGUGGUCACUAUUCGCAGAGUAACCGGAUUGCCUUUACCGUCAAACAUUUUGCUGGCGAGGUCGACUACUCUGUCCAUGGUCUGAUUGAGGAGAAUGGCGAGGUCAUCUCCGGUGAUCUGAUGAACCUCAUGAACUCUACCCACAGUGACUUUGUGCGAGACCUCUUCGGUCAGGAGGCUCUGCAGACCGUUGCCCACCCUCGCGAGAAAACGACCAUCAUGCAAGCCCAAGUCAGCUCGAAGCCCAUGCGGAUGCCGAGCAUGGCCAGGCGCAAAGUUAGCCCGCAGUCCCGCUUCACCUCCUCGGACGCAUCCCGUGCCGACAGUGAAGACACGGGCGAAAAUGACAGCCAGGCAGCGAGCUCCAGACUCAGCAUGGCAGGCCGGAAGAGUGGAUUGUCCGCUGGCCCAGAUCAAGGGGCCGCCGGUCAGUUCCUGUCUGGUCUCGAUAUCAUCAAUAAAUGUUUGAGCUCGUCCAAUCUCAACCCGUAUUUUGUGAUCUGUCUCAAGCCCAACGACCGGCGCAUGGCCAACCAAUUUGACAGCAAAUGCGUGAGGAUGCAGGUUCAAACGUUUGGCAUUGCUGAAAUCAGCCAGCGGUUGAGAAACGCAGACUUCAGCGUGUUCAUCCCCUUUGAGGAGUUUCUGGGUUUGGCUGAGAUCGGCAACCUUGUCGUGGGCAGUGACAAGGAAAAGGCCGAAGUCAUCUUGGAUGAGAAGCGAUGGGCCAGUAACGAGGCUCGGGUGGGUAGCACUGGUGUCUUCCUGAGCGAACGUUGCUGGGCAGAUCUCGCCAAGGUUGGGGAACGCGUGGUCCCGACCUACGGACUUCACGGGUCUGACGAAGGCGAUGGUGAGCUACAUGGAAACUUGGACGCAAAAGUCCGGCUCCUUCAUCCUUCUGACCAGUCGCCUGGUGCCUUUAUCUAUGGGGACGAGUCCAAACAAGGCGGGUACUUUGGCAGCCGCGAGCUGGACGGACGCUCCGAGGCCGGUGCAUCGGCUUUCAACUCUGGUGAUAUGUUCCACAAUCUAGAGACGAGAGAGCAGAUGCUGGAGAAAGGCAACGAAAAGAGGAUGGAAGAAGUGGAUGAUUCCCCCGUCUCGGGAAGCCGUCGUCGCUGGAUGUUCUUGGUCUACAUGCUCACCUUCUACAUUCCGGAUAUCUUCAUCAAGUGGUUUGGUCGCAUGAAACGCAAGGAUGUGCGGAUUGCCUGGCGCGAAAAAUUGGCAAUUAACAUGAUCAUUUGGUUCGCCUGUGCAGUCGCCGUCUUCAUGAUCGUUGCCUUCCCUGGGUUGAUUUGCCCAACCCAACAUGUCUACUCUCUGGGUGAACUCAGCAACCACAACGGCAAAGAUGGCCAAGAUUCCUUCGUUGCCAUUCGAGGUAUCGUGUUCAAUCUCGGUGAUUUCAUGCCUAGCCACUAUCCCGAUAUCGUGCCGACGACGUCCCUGAAGAAUUACGCUGGUACCGAUGCCUCCAACCUCUUUCCCAUCCAAGUCUCGGCCUUGUGUCAAGGUGUGAGCGGAACUGUCAACCCAGCCGUUCCGCUGGAUUACCGCGCGAACUGGAACGUCUCAAAUAUCAAGGAGUCCACCACUGACUACGACACCAAUUCCGUAUAUCACGACUUCCGAUCAUGGACUGACCUGCCACAGGCAGAUUGGUUCUAUGAGCAGAUGGUCAUGAUGCGUGCGAAUUACAAGGAAGGCUACGUCGGUUACACUCCUCAGUAUAUGAAGACGUUGGCGGACAAAGAGGACAAGAACAUCGGGAGUAUUAAUGGCAAAGUCUACGAUCUGACCUACUACCUUGGGGGCCCCCGGGUUCCGAUCUAUCCAAAGGGCGAGAAGGGGGACAUGGAUAUCAACACCGACUACAUGGCCCCGCUGGUGGUUGAUCUUUUCCAGCAAAAGCCCGGGACAGACCUGACGCACUAUUGGGAAGACCUUCCCAUCGAUGAAGCACUGCGUUCGCGCAUGCAGUUGUGUCUCGACAACCUGUUCUUCGUCGGCCAUGUGGACACUCGAAAUUCGGUCCAGUGUCAGUUUGCCCGGUACUUCAUCCUUGCCAUUUCAAUCAUGCUGUGCGCCAUUAUCUCGUUCAAGUUCUUGGCCGCGCUGCAAUUUGGCAAGAAGAACCUUCCGGAGAAUCUGGACAAGUUCAUCAUCUGCCAGGUCCCUGCCUACACUGAAGACGAAGAUUCUUUACGCCGUGCUAUAGACUCCAUGGCUCGCAUGCGGUAUGACGACAAGCGCAAACUUCUGCUCAUCAUCUGUGACGGUAUGAUUAUCGGUCAAGGCAACGACCGUCCGACGCCUCGAAUUGUCCUGGACAUCUUGGGCGUUCCAGAAUCGGUGGACCCGGAGCCCCUCAGCUUCGAGAGUUUGGGUGAGGGUAUGAAGCAGCACAACAUGGGUAAAGUCUACUCGGGUCUGUACGAGGUUCAGGGUCACAUUGUCCCGUACUUGGUCGUCGUCAAGGUUGGCAAGCCCGCGGAGGUGUCGCGCCCCGGCAACCGUGGCAAGCGUGAUUCCCAGAUGGUCCUCAUGCGCUUCCUCAACCGUGUUCACUACAACCUUCCCAUGAGUCCCAUGGAACUCGAGAUGCACCACCAGAUCCGGAAUAUCAUUGGGGUCAAUCCCACGUUCUACGAAUACAUCCUCCAAGUUGAUGCAGAUACGUCGGUCGCGCCAGAUGCAGCCACUCGAUUUGUCUCCGCGUUCUUGUCCGACACCCGCCUAAUUGGGGCCUGCGGAGAGACGGCCUUGUCGAACGCCAAAACAUCCAUCGUGACUAUGAUUCAGGUGUACGAAUACUACAUCUCGCACAACCUGACCAAGGCUUUCGAGAGUCUGUUUGGAUCCGUCACCUGCUUGCCUGGUUGCUUCACUAUGUACCGCAUCCGUUCAGCAGAGACUGGAAAGCCCCUGUUCGUCAGCCAGGAGGUGGUCGAAGCCUACUCGGAGAUCCGCGUGGAUACACUCCACAUGAAGAAUUUGCUUCACCUUGGUGAGGAUCGUUAUCUGACGACCCUGCUCCUUAAACACCACCCGAAGUUCAAAACCAAGUAUAUCUUCCGGUCUCACGCCUGGACUGUGGCCCCCGAGAGCUUUGCCAUCUUCUUGUCGCAACGUCGCCGAUGGAUCAACUCGACCGUGCAUAACCUGAUCGAGCUGAUCCCACUCCAGCAGCUCUGUGGCUUCUGCUGCUUCAGUAUGCGGUUUAUUGUCUUCGUCGAUCUGCUUAGUACCAUCAUCCAACCCGUUACCGUUGCCUAUAUCGCCUACCUGAUUUACUGGAUGGUCACAGAUUCAUCGGUGAUUCCAUAUACCGCGUUUGUUCUGCUCGGUGUCAUCUACGGUCUACAAGCGAUCAUCUUCAUCGUCCGGCGCAAAUGGGAAAUGGUCGGCUGGAUGAUCGUCUACAUCCUCGCCAUUCCCGUUUUCUCCCUUGCAUUGCCGCUCUAUUCGUUCUGGAACAUGGACGACUUCACCUGGGGCAACACACGUAUUAUCACCGGAGAAAAGGGCCGCAAGGUCGUCAUCUCAGACGAGGGCAAGUUCGACCCGGCCUCUAUCCCCAAGAAACGCUGGGAAGAGUAUCAGAUGGAGCUGUGGGAAGCGCAGACCUCGCGCGACGACUCCCGCUCCGAGGUGUCGGGCUACUCGUACGGCACCAAGUCGCAUGCCUUCCCGCAGUCCGAAUACGGCUUCCCCAGCUCGCGCCCCGCCUCGCAGCUGGAUCUGCCGCUGCUUACCUCCGGUUCGCGUAUGUCGCUCGCUCCGUCUGAGAUGAUGAGCCGUCACAUGGAUAUGGACAUGGGCAUGGAAGAUUACUCCAACCUCCCCGCGGAUGAUGCCCUGCUUGCCGAAAUCCGUGAGAUCCUGCGCACCGCCGACUUGAUGACCGUCACCAAGAAGAGUAUCAAGCAGGAGCUGGAGAGGCGGUUUGGUGUUAACCUUGACGCCAAGCGGCCAUACAUCAAUUCUGCCACCGAAGCAGUCCUGUCCGGUCUCCUUUGA